UUCUCAGAAAAGAUAAACAAACCGAACAUGACUUGAAAAGUAAACAGAAGUUGAGUAUUUCGCCUAAAUGGAAGAGAAACGCGACUCUAUUUUCUUGUUUUAGCUUAGUAUGUGUUGAGACAUUGGCUGUCACGUAUUACUUUGCUGUUGUCUUGCUCAAGGGCGAAGGGAUUUCGGGAAGUGAGGUUGCUAAAUAGCUAGCUACAGUAGCCUGUUAAGUAGAUCUUCAGGACACUGGCUUUUACCUAGCUAGGUAAUUAAUACAAGAGCUACAUAUGCGUUGUCCGGUAGCUUCAGGUCGAGUCACUGCCGUCUAUAUGUGAUCAGACUUCAGGAGUAUCUUGCUACCAAAUGAUCACUGAAUAGGGCAGAACGGGCGCAAUGCUGUGUCUUUAUCUAAUUACUUUUACAAUUAAAAUGUUUCCUUGACUGAUGGUGCCGUUCUUUCGCUUGAAAUAGAAUACACAAAUACUUCCAGUUUCCGCUACUAAAAAGAUUCGAUUUAACUACGAAUUAAGCGGAUUUAUGGGAUCACAAGUUUCUUCGGUGGCGAUGAGUGUGCGCGCAGGGCAGGGCAGUGACGAGGUGCUGGUGUCACAGGCGGUGUGGGACUAUCUGGCGGCAGCCGGGCGGCCCUGGCUACUGGAAUUUCAGGACAAGCAGGGGCUGAGCGCGGGGAUCGUACGCCGUGGGGAACGUGGAGGGUGCUGUGCAGUGAGACUGAAGCCUGUGGAGGGGGGUGCCGGGGCUGGAGCAGGGGAGAGGGGGGCUGCGGUUUCUACUGCCACACGCAAAGCCUUCAUAGACUUGUGCCGCUGUGCCCGCAAGGAGAUGAGCAAACAGGAGGGCGCACCGAAGAGGAAGCGCUCCCUGCUGCCCUGUGUGGGGGUUAUGGAGGUGGAUGGAGAGGGGAGUCUGCUGCCACCUCCUCCUCCUCAGCCACGCCGCUCCCAGCGGCAACAGCUGAGGUGCAGCAAGCCUGCUGACCUGGGACCCGUCCUUGCUCUGCCCAUGCCCCACGAGGUACCCCCCCGGACAGAAGUGGAAAUCAAUAUGACAUCUGUAGGUGAGGCAGAGGACAUCAGCACCAGCUGCUCAAUCUGUAUGGGAGAGAUGGUGGAGAAGACCAUUCUUGACAGGUGUGGCCAUGCCUUCUGUCGGUCCUGUCUGGAUCGGGCCUUUCAGGUGAAACGGGCGUGUCCCGUUUGUCGGCUCGUGUAUGGUCAAUUGAUAGGGAACCAGCCAGCCAAUGGCAGCAUGAUGGUUGAAAGAGACCCUGACCUGGAGCUGCCAGGACAUGAGGGUUAUGGCUGCAUCUGCAUCAUUUACAGCUUCCCACCAGGCAUCCAGUCGCAGGAGCAUCCAAAUCCAGGGGUGCGGUACCCCGGGACAGAUCGGGUGGCAUAUCUUCCGGACAGUCCUGAGGGGAAUCGUGUGUUGGGGCUGCUGCGCCGGGCCUUUGAGCAGCGGCUCAUCUUCACCAUAGGAACCUCCAUGACCACAGGCAUGCAAAACGUCAUCACCUGGAAUGACAUCCACCACAAGACCUCAAUUUGGGGUGGACCACGCUGCUUUGGCUACCCAGACCCUACGUACCUGGUGCGAGUCACAGAGGAGCUGCGGGAGAAGGGAAUCACGGCUGACUGAGGGUGGGAGAUGUGCUUCAUGUGUGGGACUACAAGGGGAGCUCCAGCCUUGGCCAUCUUCCCUGCUGCUGCUGCUGCCACUGCUGCUGCUGCUGCUCCUCUCCUCAGUGCAGAUCCCUACCACCUCUACUGGAAUCUGCGAGAACACGGGUACGAACAGGAGCACUCCUCCUCACCACAUUAAUCCAUGCUUUUUCUCCAGUUUCUUUUUUUUCCAUCCUUUAACAGGGCUAGAUUUGGUUCACCCUAGUGGGAAGUAGGAACAGCUGUAUUGGCAUUAGCGUUUAAAAGGACCAGGUCUUCUGUACCA